CGCGUAACUUGUAGUUCCUUGGUCCUUUCUCCUAACCUUGCUAAAUCCUGUUCUCGGAUUUAACUACAACCAGACAGGAUGUUAGUUGAUUUUUGGCAGGGUUAACUUAAUGGAAAGUUGUGAUUACAUCUUCAAGUUGCGAAUACAUUCACAUGAAGGUGCUACGCCGCGAAUACAUUCACAUGAAGGUGCUACGCCGCGAAUACAUUCACAUGAAGGUGCUACGCCGCGAAUACAUUCACAUGAAGGUGCUACGCCAGUUCGUAUACGACGGGUUGAAUGCCGUCCUCCAGCGGAAUAGAAUCUUCCGCUGCACAUCCGCAGGCGCUCUAGGACUAGCUGGGGGGAAGGAAUUCGUCAUCCUGCGAUUGAGGGCGAGAGGAUGCAAUCAGGCUGCUGUGAUCUCCAUGCGUCGCUGGAGCCCAGGAAAUUAAUCUAACGCUCUUUCUCUGUCCUCCACGCUUUCGUUCAUUUCUCUGCUUCCUGGUCAUUAGUAGCCGCGAGGUCAUUUUCAGAACUGCACCGCUGUGUCAUUAUCCCAAUGAAGCCCCUUUUUAAAAGUGGAUAAGUCGUAGUCUGGCAACUAUAUUUCUGAGGUAUAUCGUUACUCGUACACGACGUUUGUGUGUGUGUACAUUGUACUUUGUACUUCGAAGCUGUAAGCCCACGGGCGAAAUAGCUGUGGGGCCUAAUUUCAUCAGGACUUCCGCUGCUACGAAUCGUUCCUUCAUCUGCAUUGCGCUCUAUUCGGGACAGUCAUUCUAUGUACGUGUGUCGGAGCGUCAAAAUCGUAAGCUAUGAGGUUUGUACCACGCCUAACUAAGUUACCCUUCACCCCAGAUGUCCUGUCACAGAUCGCCAUACGAGCAUUUGGAAGUACUGGGGACUUGCUGAUCGGAUAGGAGAGCGGGUGGAAUGCAAACACAAGCUGAAACGCUCACUGAGCAGUGAGCACCAUGCGUUGUUGAUGCAGUGUCAUGUGUUUUUGGAACGCAGAGCCGCGUCAGAUUCAGCGCUAGAACGGCUGCAAGAGCGGUUGACAGCGAUGGGUUGCAGCUUAAUUCCACCGACGUUCCUUGUGCUCAAGCGCAUGUGUGACUCACAGAACUGCCACAUAUUAAGCCCAAUGUCAAUGGCCAUUUGUCAGCAUUUUAGUCAUGCACUUGUAACCACCCGUUAGCUAAGGAUCGGAGACUUGACUGAUCGCGGGUAUACCCGGUAAAGGUUUUCAACUUUAUCCGCAUGCAUUAUGAGAAGCAGCACUUCUCGCUUGCUCCGACUCUGAGUACAGGAACUGGGUAGAUGAGAAACAGACAACGAUGUUGUAGUUUCUGAUCGCUGGGAAAUACAGUGAGCGCUAGCUUACUGACGGAGACCGGAGAUGGUUCGAAUUGUUGGUUGGUUAAUUGUGCCGCCACAACCCAUAUUCGGAGUGUUUGCUGCGUUGCACUGUGACUGAACUCUGCACUACGAUAGCGUCGCCUGCUGGGGGGAAUCCCCCUUCCUCUUAUCGCGAGAGAGGUGCCGAAAAUGGAUCAUAAUCUGGUCACUAGUGCUAUCGCCAUGAUCACAGGCCUACUAAAAACAGAGCAAAUCAGCGCAGCAUCUGCCGCCGAUCAAGACGACCAGUCAUUCUUUCGAUCAGCAAUUCUUUCGAUUAGCCAAGCUCCAAGAACGCCGAAGUUGACGGGUGUGCUCGGAACAGUAGUCGGAGGUUUCUGCGCCGCGCCGAGGAAACGCUUACGGGUCGGGUGUCGGAAGUGGCAACAAUGCAUUCUUGACGGCGUUGCAUCCCGUCAAGGAUCAGCGCAGGAAUGCGGUGCUGCAGUAUCGCGUAUAUCGUAGGAAUGGGGCGAGAGAAACCCUGUCAGUACCGUUUAUAAAAUCAUAGCGGUUAUGUGUGUGGUCCAAGCGUCCUGGACCAUUGUGGACAAGUGGAUGGAAGCGAUCACGGCGCGCGCGGUGCGAUAUGGGACGACCGAGUCGCCAGCUGACGAGUCUCGUCUCACAGUUCAACGCUUGCUACGUGCCAGCCAGGAUGGGCAAUUCGCAGAGCUCCGACGCAUACGCCACGGUGCGCAGCACUGACGCCUACCCGUGGAGAUGUGGCACGACCACGCCACACGACUACGAAUUUGGAGAGAAUCAUGAGCCGGACUACCGCAGUGAGGACUACGACUACGACGAUGACGACGAACAUGAUGAUGAUGAUGCGUCCAUCGGUGCGUACACCCUUGUGGACCUUAUGUCACGUCCACAGAGCAGCACCGCAGAACUGGACCCACCAGGCAGCACGCUGAAGAGAUCAAAAACACUGCCGGUGCAGUUCAUCCGAGCGGUGGGGAAAUCCCGCGCCGCCCAGACCCCCUCGCCGUCGGUAAUGAGCGCCGCGGGUCAGGACAAGCUGUUCAUUGUCAACCUGCGUGGCUCGCCGCGUCAUCGUUCCCACGCCAACACAGCGGCAACCAGAACCUGUGAUCGGCCGCAACAUGGUGGAGAACAAUUCAGAUCACGUGAGAACAUCCAUGACCCGGACCAUGGCAUGAUCCGGACCACGCCCGACUCUGGAGUGUCCGAGGGGAAUCCCCCCGGUGGCUCUUACGUACACCGACCGAAGCCACGUUUGCAGCAGCAGCAGCUGCAUGCACGGAAUGACUCGGGGCACUCGGCCGCGCUGGCAAAGUCCAACCUAUCGGACAGUGGCUGCGAUUCCGGCGAGGAGAGCUCGGCGUCAGCCCAGGUCACUCCAACCGGUCCGCCGAAUAUCCAUGCGGUCACGGAGACAGCAAGGCCUGCAAAAUCUAGUGUGAUGAUGCCCGCGGUGGCGGUGGCGGUGACGGGACACUCGGAGCAGAAACCCCAGCUAGCACAGACCGAGGGUGUCGCCGCCGACGACACUGUCUACGCGCAGUGGUUCCGCUCGCAUCGCGUGAGCGUACGCAGCACCGCCAGACAGGAUCACGAUCGCAGUUGCCAUGACGCGGAUAACACACUCGCCAGCGGCGACCGUGCUGUCGUCGUCAGCGACUUCACAGCACAGCUGCCCGACGAGAUGAGUGUGCGACGCGAUGACGUCAUUGAAGUGAUGCGCAACCAGAAGUCGUGGCUGUGGGUGGAGGAUCGCCAUGGCAGCCAGGGUUUCGUACCCAGUGAAGCUUGCAGACAGCUGGAGCGGCCCGCGCCACCUCAAACGCAGCAACAGGAGAACUGCUUCUACACAGCGGACGCUGCUAAUUGUCUGGAAGGUGGUGUGGUUGGCGCUGUAGGGAAUAUAGCCACUGGCGGUGGCAAGCUGAGGGAGACGUCGGCAAGCACUCUUGCGUCCGGACAACACUCGUCGCAAGCAUCGCAGAUCAGCACGUGCAGCACGCUGCAUCGCAACGACAGCCUGAAAGCGGCGUUCGACUCCAGCGCAAACUCUCGCCAAGCGCUCCUGCCCGAGUACGACGAGUGGUGCAGUGCACGGCGCAGACGUCGUCGCCAUGGCAGCGACGGUGCCGCCUACCCUCGUGCUCGGUCCUACAGCAGUCCAGAUGUACUGUCGCCGGCGUCGCUGGAUCCUCGCCGACGACAUCGCCACGACGAUGGAGACACUAGCGGCGCGUCAGACACCACAGUCAGGAAUAGCGGUGGUGGUGGUGCGGCGCCCGUCAUGGGCGAGAUGUCCGUCAUGGUUACCAUGGCACCGCGAAUCAGCAGCGCCACGCCGACCGAUGCCGUCUCGGUGGACUUCUCUACGGACCAGGAACAGGUGGCGCGCCUGAACGCAAUCGAGCGCAACCGCCAGCUGUCGGAGCUUCGGCGCUUGCUCUCGCUGAGCGCUCGCCGUGACGACGGCAACGAGGAGAAGGAGCUGAUGCAGUGCCCACCGCCGAUAGUACUGCGUACCGCGCCACCGCGUACCUGCUCUGCUCCCACCAUUGGUGGUAGCUAUGGCAGCGGCGCUGGUGCUGGUGGUGGUGUAAGCGGUGGUGGGGACCAGCGACGGCGAACUCCAGCUUUUGCUACGGCUGCGAUGGCCACGGGCGUGGAUGCGGCUGGUGCGAGAAAGGCCGAUGGCACACCCGGGGCUACUGCUGCUGCUGUUGCUGGUGUAUUGACCCACGAGAGUAGCGGGCCUCACUACCUCUCCGUGACCAAUCUAAUGUUGCACACGCAGCUGGCCAGCACCAAGAGCAAGUCCAAACAGCAGCAGCAGCAGCAGGGUAACGUGGGCACUGGCCAGAGCAUCAUGGAGCUGGACAUGGGCCGGUCGGCGUCGCAGCGCCACCAGCAGCAGUACCGGCACCGCAACAUGCACAGCGCGCUCUGCAGCCGCCGCCUGCCAGUACAGGACACCACUGGCCAGCACCACCACCACCAACGCAUGAUGGACAUGGACAACAGCACACCGUCGCAGCUAGGACGCGGCACGAACAGCAUGGCCGCCGCCGCAGGCAGCAGCUCUCUGCAGUACGCUCUGCCGUCGUUCAACGGUGGCUAUGCGGCCAAGCCGUCCACGUUGUCACGCUAUCGCUCCGGCGGUGGCUCCAGGCCGCACUACAUGAACCUGACGGCGUGCAACGUAAAACACGGGCGCGUUGCCGCGGGUAACAACACAGGCAUUACCGGCACAGUCAGCAGCCCAGCACCGGGGAGUAUGUCGUCAACGCGCCCGGACAAGCAUAGGACGGGAGGAGGCGGUGGAGAGAAACAGCCACCAACGGGCAUCGCGGACUGCAGCUACGCAAUUUCGAAACUCACCUCGCACUCGCUUGGCGUGCCUACGACAGGACCACACCAUGGUCACUAUGAAAACAAAAAUGGCGGUGGCAGUGGUGGUGAUGGAUACGGGCGUCAUGGUUAUGGCAACAUUGGCGGCAGCGGUUAUGGUCGACCUGUGCGUCACAGCAGGUCAGCGGGAGUAAGGCGGCGUGCUGGCGGCGGCACUGCAAGCACAGGCGUAAUGAGAACGGUCAAGAGCCACAGCGAUUCCUCGGUGGCCACCGACCAACACGAUGCAGACAGCGAGCUCACGCCACCGCUAACAACGACAAACACGACCGGCGCCACAAAGCCCGUCGCGGACGGACGCUCGCCGCAAACCGUGACCGGGAAUGCACAGGCAAAUCAGAGCAUUCGCUUUGUCUGCCGACGCUCCUUCUCGGCCGGUAGUGAUUGGCAACUGCCAUGUCAAAAGGGGCAGUGGCUCUUCACGCGACACAAGUCGACCACUGGCAACGGUGGUGGUCAUGACGACAGCCAAUCAGCGGUGACCCUCGAUCAGCUGACCGCGGGCAAGAAGUGGAUCUGGGCGAGCGAUCCGUACACCGGCAGUGAAGGCCUGAUACCCACAAGUAUAGUGGCUCUGCCAUGAUACCAACCAAUAUUGUCGCUCUGCCAUGACACGCAUAUUGUGACUAACCUGAGAGUGUGAGGGGGAGCUCUACACUGCAGCGUGUAUGAUUGAAAAAUGGGAUAGUGAAAUGAAGGCUUGGUACCGACCGAUAUAGUCGCUCUGCCAUGAUACCGACUAGUAUACACGUAGUCGCUCUGCCAUGACACGCGUACUGUGACUAAACUGAGAGUGUGAACGGUGCUCUACGCUUCAGGGACGGUGUAUGUACACUGUGCAAUUGCAUAUUGAAGCAAAGUAUACGGACGCAGCCCCAUGCUAUGAUGUUACACGUCACCUCUGCACGAAGACCGGAAUAGCUACGUUUGCAGCACCCCGCCCAGCUCGGCCACAAACCCAAACGAACGCUGUGGGAUUUCGGACAUUCGGCAUUGGAUUUGAGUGAUCAUUAUACCCGCACAGCGCGAGCUUCUUCACAGCACAACACACUCCCUCCAGUCCACGCUCAUUUUAUGUUAAGAUUUGCAAACAGAUCGACAAUCAGUUGCGAUUCCGCAACUCUUGAGUUUCACGAAUUGAAUCGAUCGUCAGGCGAAAAUCGAAAACAAUACGUCAAGAUUCUGUAGAAGGCAAGCGUGCACAGCGAUGUUGUGAGUGUACCGCAGUUCAGCGCCACACAUCUCAGGAUAGGACACCUUCAGAACUGCCGAGCAGUGAAGCCGCUGUUAUGCCGGCAUACAUACAAGGCUAGAAAUCAACUCGUUCUUCAGAUUGAAAGCCGGAACUCUCUUGAUAAUAAAUCUUUCAUUUUUCUGAUAUCUAAAUAUCUGGUUUCCACCCCAUCCUUGAAUCCCACCAUUACCAUUCAUAUUUUUGAAGUUGUAUUUCUCAUUGCACCGGUCUAUUUAAAAAAAGAAGAAGAAGAAACGUUUCAAUUGGGAGGUCUGCUCCUUUGCACAGGUUCUUUGUUUUGGAAUCACUCGGUGGCAGAGGAAUACAAUCGUACCACUGACGAGAGAAGUUUGGAUUCCACUGCAAUCAA